UUAUAAUAGAUUUAUUGUUUAUCAUUCUUUGAUAUUAUUAUAGUUUAAUAUACAUAGUACAAAUCAAUAGGCAUGAUAGAGGAGCUUUAUUUGAUUAAUUGUAUUUAAUGUUUUAUUUUCAAUAUAAAUAGUUAGUUUCCAUUAUGCCAAUCAUGAAACAGUGAACGAACUGUAAGUUAUACACAUAUAUAUAUAUAGAUAGAUAGAUGGAUGGAUACAACUGAAAUAUUGUAUAUGUCGUUCAUGAAUUCAUAGUACACGAUCAAACCAUAAGUAUACUAUUGUAAAUAUUCAAUAAUGGAUAACUUAAAUUGUUUUAAUAUCGAAAUUAUUGAUUUUCAUAUACAAGGAUUAUAUCUAAUCAUCAAGGGUUUUGAUUAGUAUACAAACAUGGAAAUUUAUCUAUUUUGAUGAUUGAACAAACAUUUUCAAAUGCUCCUGAACCAGGUUGGUAUGACAACAUCUCAAUGUAUUAUAAUAACAAGACUGAACAAAAUUUCAAAUUAAUGUGCAUGAAAUUAUAUGGAAUAGUUACUGACUCAAAAAUCAAUUCACAAAGUGGGAAUAUGAUACUGAACGCUUAUAGUUUUUGGAAUAUUCGACCAAAAGUUUGGAUUGCUUCAUUAAUUUCAAUUUUUGUCAUAAGUGCAGUUGGACUAUUAGGAGUUGGUGUAGUACCAUUAGUUCAAAAAGUAUUUUUCAAUCAAGUUAUUCAAUACUUGGUUGCAUUAGCUGUUGGAACUUUAACCGGUGAUGCAAUGCUACAUUUACUUCCUCAUGCUAUAAGCAGUGGUCAAGAUCAUGAUCAUGGAGGUGAACUGACAUCAUCUAAGGAAGAAAAUGGUGAACGUAUAGCAAUUAUGAAAGAGAAAAUAUUAAGUUUAACUUCUGAAUAUCGAGCUGAAAAAAAGCUUGAAAAAGAAGAUCGUGAAAGAGCAUUACUUAAUUUACCUGUAGCUCCAGUAACUCGUCGUCUAAGUUCUGUAAGACCAUCUAUAGCUCCAAGUGGACUUUUAGCAGUACCUGGACAAACUAGAAGACCAUCACAACUUGAUCCUACAUCAUGUAGAAGAGCAUCACGUGCUAUGUCUAUCGCAAAUGAAGAUGUAUUUGUUACGGGAUUAAGUAGUAAAGCAAUGAAAUCAAUCGACAUUCUUUACAGCUAUGCAGAGGAAUACGAUGAGCUUACAAGAAGAUCUUCACAGGAUAUUAGUGUAGAUCAACCAUUGGUAAAACAUGAAUUACAAUUGGAUCUUCCUGACGGGAAAUCAAAGCAAAUUAAUGAAGGGGACAGCUCAAAGAAAGAUAUACAACAACAACAACAUCAAGAAAAUCUUGCAAUAAAUUUACCAAAAAUUACAAUCGCAAAUGAAAAUGAGACCAAGAUAAAAGAAUCAGAAAAACAGUUACGUAUCGACUUACCAGAUCAUCACCAGGAAGACGUAAACACAUCUGAUCAUGGACAUGGUCAUAGUCAUGGUCAUUCGCACGAAGUUCCAGAAUCCGUAGCCGCAGUUGCUUGGAUGGUAAUCAUGGGUGAUGGUCUACAUAAUUUUACAGAUGGGAUGGCUAUCGGUGCUGCAUUCGCUCAAAGCAUUUCAGGUGGUCUUAGCACAAGUGUUGCAGUAUUCUGCCAUGAACUACCGCAUGAGCUAGGUGAUUUUGCUGUACUUUUAAAAACUGGUAUGCGGAUUAAAGAAGCAAUGUUUUUCAAUAUUAUCUCAUCAAUUCUUUGUUUAUUUGGAAUGUUAGUUGGUAUAGGUGUUGGCAAUGUAGAAUCGGCAAGUUACUGGAUAUUUGCAAUUACUGCUGGAACAUUUAUCUAUAUUGCACUUGUCGAUAUGUUACCUGAACUGAAUUCAGUUGAAUUGAGACCAGGUCAAACACGUAUUGGUCAAUUAAUGAUUCAAACAACUGGUUUAAUAACUGGUGUUGGAAUUAUGCUGGUUAUAGCAUUAUUUGAAGAUUCUAUUCGUGUAAUAGUUGAUUAAAAUUAUGAAAAAAAAAUGAAAAAAAGGGUGCAUUUAUAUUACAUAACAUGAUGAACUCUUAUUGAUAUAUUGUGACCAUAUGAAUAUCUAUUAUCCAUUAGUGUAUUUGACUAUGUAUUGAUGAUAUAUCUCGAAAAAAAUCAUUAUACUACUUACUGAUCUUAUUUAUUUCAUUUAUAUAUGUUAUUCAUUUUAUUUCAUUAUUUCAUUAAUUGAGUAUUACCAAUAUUAUCUUUCUAUUAUGAAUUGGAUAUUUGGUUGCUUUUCUUAUUAUUAUUAUUCACUUAUCUAUCUACUUACUCAUUAAAGCAUGUAAACAACUAAACUAUUCAUCUAUCUAUCUAUAUAACUGGAAAACUGAAUUACAAACUAGUAUACAUUUCGAAUUCACUUAACAGUAUAACUACAUUUAUUUAUUUGAACUUAUAAAUAUUGGUACAAAUGGUCACCGAAUAUACAUGCGCCAAACAA